AUGCUGCGUCGUAGUGGUGUCACCGGAGAGGCUGAGAAGCUGUUGACUGUCAAUCCAAGAAGUUGCACGUUUUCCUCCUCUCAGGCUGUUCUCGCGGUGAAUCCACGCGGCGACGGGUGUAUCAAGAGUUCGGCGUCGUGCAUUGAGGAGAGCGCGCGGAGGCGGUUUGAGCCGUGGGAGUUGGGCCUCAUCAAGUGUGAGGCGCUGCAGGAGUAUAACUUGCUGAAGAACGCCUCGGAGCGGCGAGAGAUGGAGCGGGAGGAGUCGAUUGCGCGGGAGGAAUUGAUAGCCGGCGCGACCUCAUUUUUGGCGGCACUGCUUGAAUGGCAGUUGGAGGCACGCGGGAAGGUCGAAAGUGAUCGUCCCCUGUCGUUGCUGCUGGAGCGGCUGCAGAAGCGGGAGACGAACCACCAGCACCAGUACCAAAUUUACGAGGAGGCGCUUCGCGAGGAGGGCCGCGUAGGGUGGAGGCAGGAGGUAGAGAAGAAGACGAGGCUUCGGGAGUAUGAGGCGGCGAUGGCUCAGUGGCGCCGCGAGUGUGAGGAGACGCUGCGCGCCGCCGUGGCUUUCCUACUGGGGAUGCAGACGCGGGAGCGCCAGGCCGAAGCGGCGGAGGAGGAGGCGGCGUGGGCAGCGCUCUGCGCACAGGAACUCACCGACCGCGCAGAGGCCGAGCGGCUCGCCUACGAAAAUUUUAUGAAGACGCCGGAACAGGUGGCGUUGCGGAAGGAGCGGGAGCGAUUGGAGGCUGCCGCAAAUCGCGCGGCAGCACGGAGGUUGAAGCAAUUCCUAAAGGAACAGGAACAUUUGGUGAAGUCAUGCACACACGCGCGGGGCCAUGUCUCCUUUUUUGAGGGUGCACUUGCGAAGAAGUUGUGCGUUUCCUGUGGGGUGAAGUUUGAUGAGACGCUUGGGUACUACGUGCGGAUGCGGGGGCGGACGAUUGCCCCGCCCUCGACGUGGACGCCCCCGCAGCCUCCACCGGCGCCAGAGCGGCCGGCCCGCCACAGCGUCACGAAGCUGCCGCCACUGCCACCGCCGGCCAAACAAGGAGGGCGACGAACGCUACAGGGGUAG